AUUGGUACCCAGUACAACAGUCGCUCUUCAAUAGACACAGUACACCUUGUCGAUCUUCAACUCGUUAAAUACCCGACUUUUACUAACCAUUCAGUAGUCUCGAAAAUAUUUGAAUUCAGAUUAACUGAGGCUGGGGAUCAACGAUGUCACGCGGCAAAAGUCUAGCUUUCUCGUUAGCUAUUGUUUUAUUGGCAAUAGGUGUUCUAAAUUCUGAAGCUCUUGAAAAUGGGUUAAAAUCCAUGGUGUAUUUAUCACCUAAAAUAACCCUAUAUCCGGGUUCAGUUUCAAACAAAUACUAUUAUGACAUCGAGUUCCCAAAAGGUCAUAUUGCUAUCAAAAGUUUCAAUGCUGAAGUUGUUGAUGAAGCAGGAAGUCCUGUUUCUCUUCAAGAAACUUAUCUCCACCACUGGAUUGCACUAAGAUACUACAAUCGUAAGGGUGUUAAGAAUAUAAAGUACAAUGUUAAUCUCGGAUUCCUCCAAUCAGAUUUCAUUGUUGCCGGGAAUGCUGGAAUAUGCGAUUCUGGUCUUCCACAGUUUUUUGGAUUAGGAUCCGAAACACGAAAAACAUCCACUGAUGUUCCUGAUCCUUAUGGAAUCGAAGUUGGUAAUCCGCUCAAAGUUCCCGCAGGAUAUGAAGAAAACUGGAUGUUUAACAUCCAUGCAAUUGACACUCGGGGUGCCGUAGAUGCAAUGGGAUGUACUGAAUGCAGAUGUGACUUGUACAAUGUGACAGAAGAUGAAUAUGGCCAACCAUUGAAACCAAAUUAUUUAGGAGGAGUAAAUUGUUGCUAUGAUGGAACACAAUGCAAAGUGAAUAGUGGGCUUGAAAGUACUGAAAGAAACCUUUACUUGAAGUACACCAUUAAGUGGGUUGAUUGGAGUGACUCUAUAGUACCUGUUCAAAUCUUUAUAUUAGAUGUCACUGAUAGUUGGGAGUACACAGGAAUCCAUGAUUGCCUUAUCGAGUAUGACAUUGAAAAAUCUACCAAUGGAGUUGCUACUAAUGACUUUACGAACACCAGGAGGUCAAGUGUGAUUCUCCCUAUUGAUGGUGAUGUCGUUUAUGCUGUUGCUCACCAGCAUUGUGGUGGAAUAGGUUCUGCUCUUUAUGGGGAGAAUGGACGAGUCAUUUGCUCGUCUGACCCUAUAUACGGGCAAGGAACGAGUGCAGGAGAUGAAGAAGGUUACAUUGUAGGAAGGUCCACAUGUUAUCCUGAACCAGGUUCUGCGAGAAUACUUAAAGGUGAAGCUUUAACCGUGGAGUCCAAUUACAGCAAUAAAAAGAGCCACACUGGAGUUAUGGGGCACUUCUAUAUUCUUGUUGCGGACUCUUCUUUGGGUCUCAAUGAACCAGUUCAAAUUCAUGACGAAUUAAAAGAACUGAUCUCCUUGUGGGGGGUUGCUGUGUUUGGAUUGGCAAUUUGUGUUGCUGUUUUGGUUGCUUGUCAAAAAAGAAAUAGGAAUGAGGAUGCGUACAUGCCCUAUUGCAACUUGAACACCCGUUAUCUGAUAUGAGAAAACGGGUACCAAAUUAAAUAACCCAUGUUCGGUAACACAAAUACACAAUCGUGUUGGUUGGUAAAACCCUAAACUAUUAAGUUUUACCAGAAAUAAAGUUAUCCAUGCUUUCUCAAUUAUCAUUAUCAAUAUAUGUAAACUUGGUGGGACAAUCAGGACAAUGCCAUUUAUCAUAUAUGAUAAUUUAUUUAUGUUGAUGUUA